AUGAAGUCUUCAAGUUCAGCUCCAGGUGGUCUUAAUAAAGCUGUGGUCGCGUUUGGUAGCAAUCUAGGGGAGCGGCUUACCAACAUCGAGGCUGCACUCUCCAAGAUGAGAGAAAACGACCUCCACAUUCUCAAGCUGAGCUCCCUAUACGAGACCAAGCCUAUGUACUACGAUGACCAAGACCCUUUCCUAAACGGGGUUUGUCAGAUUGAGACCAGUCUUGAACCACUACAAUUGCUGGAUGUGUUGCAGGCCAUCGAGAAUGAGUUGGGCCGCAAACGCUUGAUUGACAAGGGACCCAGGACAGUUGACCUUGACAUCAUUCUGUAUAACCACGACUACAUCAAGCACCCUCGACUCAAUGUCCCGCAUAUGCUGAUGCUCGAAAGGGAGUUCGUUCUCAGGCCUCUUGCAGAGAUACUACCGGACGAGCAUCUUCCUGUAGAGUUCUCACCGACUGCCCCGUAUCGCCAGAUUAGUCAACUACUUGAGGCUCUUGCAGAGAAAGACACCACUAUGUCCCCUGUUGCCGUUUUGAGGUCAUCAAUCCCGCUGGUCCGCACCCACGAUGCCACGCGCAAGACUCAUGUUAUGGCCAUUUUGAACCUCACGCCGGACUCUUUUUCGGAUGGAGGUGUACAUACAGCGAAAGGUGUCGAAUCAAUAAAGACCACCGUGGCGAGUUUUAUUACUGCGGGCGCCAGUAUCAUCGACGUUGGGGGACAAAGCACUCGCCCCAAAGCCGACUACCUUGGACCUCAAGAGGAGCUCGAACGCAUCCUUCCAAUUGUUCGCAUUAUCAGAGAGAUGAAGGAAGCCGAAAAUGUGGCCAUCAGCAUCGACACUUUCCACUCGGAUGUAGCCCGGCAGACCAUCCUUGCCGGUGCAGACAUCAUUAAUGACGUUUCGGCAGGCCUGUUAGAUCCUCUGAUGCUGCCCACCGUGGCUGGGCUGGGGAAAACCAUUAUCCUUAUGCAUAUGAGAGGAGAUCCGCACACAAUGACAAAACUCACCGAUUACCCGGAAGGGGUUACCAACGGAGUAGCUCGAGAACUUGGUGAGCGUGUUCGGGCUGCCCUCGCCGCUGGGAUCCCUCCGUGGCGCAUCAUCCUCGACCCAGGCUUGGGCUUCGCAAAAGACCAGGAACAGAAUCUUGAACUCUUGAGGAGCCUUCAGCAAUUGCGGGAGCAAACCGAAUAUUCUUCUACACUUAGGAACUUCCCUUGGCUAAUGGGCCCAAGUCGCAAGGGAUUCGUGGGCAAUGUCACGGGGGUCUCGGAUGCUUCCAAACGGAGCUACGGGACUGCUGCCGCCGUUACCGCCAGUAUUGAAGGUGGUGCGGAUAUCGUCCGAAUACAUGAUGUUGGCGAAAUGGUCCAGGUUACCAAGAUGGCUGACGCUAUCUAUCGGCGCCCUUGA